ACUCAUCAGAGCCAUUCGACAAAGCUUUUCGAUUGAAACCUUGCACCAUGGCUGCCCCUGAAGGAGUCGUAUUGAGAGACCUGGGCACCGAACCUGAGCCGAAGAAAAACACCGACGACGGUGUCCUGUCAGACAACAUCACAGAGAAGCCCACCGAAUCGCAUGCACACGCGGUUGAAGCGCCAGUUGUCGAGGGUGGCAACCUGGUCGACGAUGGCUGGAACAAAGAUGACCCAAGCGACAUCCAACGUCUUGUAGAUGGACUCAGCAAUGAAGAUUUCUGGUGUCUCGUGAGGCGCUUCAAUAAGCAAGUGUUUUACAUCAAGGAAACCAACAAGAUUCCACCCAGCGGCUUGGACUUGAACUUGGCCGAUGAUGCUGAAUUUUCCGCCAAUAAGUUCAGGUCCCAGAUCGAGAGGCUGUACAUGGGACCGCUCCUUGGGAUUCUGGCUGGUGUGAAGCACAUCGCAAGACUACGGUCCUGGAUUGAACCCCGGAGGACAGGGGCAUUUUGUGCUGUGUACUUCGUGGCAUGGUGCUUCAACACCCUCCUCGCAGUCUUUAUCACCACCGCGAUGACACUAUGCAUUUCGCCGAAAGCACGGAACCUGCUGUUUCCUCCUGCCCCGAUGGCAUUAACAGAUAUGGCAACUGGCGGUUUGACAAAGCCUCGCGCCGGCGUCCUCGGCGCAACGGACGCGGUGACGGGCGCGCCGGAGAAUGUCAAAGGGGAAUCGGUCGAGAACGAAGCCAGCAACUUCGUGACGUCUCUCGUAGGAAUUGCCGUCAACACACUGACGGCGCAAGACCCAAAGGCCGAACCGGAGAAUGAAAAGGGGGAGAGCCACCCUACCGAUAGCAUGCCGCAGCCCAAUGAGGCGACGACACUGUUUGCUGUGGCCAAGGACAAAGCUGCUGGUAUCAGCGAGCCCUCGCAUGACAAGACGAAGUACCCCAUGGAGACCAUCAUGUGGUCCAAAAUGCUGCCCUUGAUGCGGCUUGUGCAUUUCAUUUCGGACAAUUGGGAGCGAAUCGCAAAUGUAUUGGACCCAACGCCCCCUUUUCCUCGGGAAACGCACAGAGUCCGCCUGGCUGGCCUUCUUUCUCCCAUGCUUGCGGUGUCCCUGUUGUUCUCGGGAGCUAAAAUCAUCAAAGCCACAACCUUCAUUUUCGGAGUCAUCUUCUUCGGCGACCCACUGAUUCGACGUACCGUAGGAUGGCUCGACCGCUGGCAUCCGGGAUGGACCCAAUUACUGCGUCUUGAGGCCCAUCUCCUACGUGGCGUCCCGAACGAUGCCCAGCUCGCCAUCACGCUCCUUCGCCUCGGCGAAGCACAUGGAGCCCCUUUCCCGCCGGCUCCCAGCACCGACAAAAGCCCUCCCCAGGAGCCAUUGGAGUUCACUCCUGAGGAUAUGGACGCGGCCGGCGACGACGCGCCACUCGGUGCCACUCAGGACGAGAUCGACCAGGCAAAGGCGGCAGACCCGGACAGGCUCGAGCAGGCUGGGGGGCCCGACUCGGAGAUCAAAGACACGGGUGGACCCAAGACGAGCCGAUUUCUUGCAUUCGUCAAGGGCAGCGCAAAGCUGGGCGUCAAGGCGGCAUUGCAGGCCGACAAGCUGCGUGCCAAAGCCGGACGCGAGAGCGCCAAAAACCGUCUGGGAGCUGUGCCGCCCGAGGGCGCGAGCAACCAGAAGGAAGGACCGACAGAGUUCAGCGCUCAUUGGGACGGCAAGCCGGGACAUGUUCGCAUCAGUCCCGGCGGGUUUGUUUCAUUCGAUGACGACUGGAGUAUCCGCGCGGCAGACAUUACGGAGCUGAAGAAACAUAGUGGAAUAGGAGUCAAGUCUAAACUAGCUAUAGGCUGGGCCAUGGACCGCGAUGUCGCCGAUGGUGUUGAGAUCAAGGAUCGCAACGGGAACACCUAUGUUCUGUCGGCUGUGCCGUUGAGGGAUCAGCUCUUCAAUAGGCUUUGUGCCAUGGGCGGGCAGAAAUGGGAAGUGUGGUAAUGGUACCAGGAGAGGUUGGUGCAUGGCAUGGAAUAACUAAAACUCGUGAGAACUCGAGAAGCCGUGGGCUUGCCUUCCGGCGCUGUGUCUCUUGCACAAUGAGUGCCACUUGGUUUGUGGUGGCCUUGCCUUACGUCUCUUUGUUAUACCUGACUACUUCGCUUGGUUUGACGUACUUUCUAUUAUCUGUUUCCCUGCUGGAAGCGUGAAACUGGGCUUGUAGAAUUUAGCGUUCAGUGGUGUGGCGAGUCCGGUUGCGUCACCCCACCAUCUCAAAGGAGGCCAUGUAAGUCGUCAAAAGAUUGCUCCGACCAUCCCGUGACGGCGAUCCUCAGAGGUCCUUUGACGAGGAUAGACGAGCUAUAUCCGAGACUCCAACGGAAAG